UUGACGAAGAACUAUGACUAAAGACAUCCUGACGUUGACCAUCCUGUUUUUGUGUGUGUUGGAAUAUAAGACUGCAUUAUCUAACGUGUUCAUUUCUUAUUAGAGAUGGCAGAGGAGUAAGUAGAGAGAUUUGGCUGCUAUAUCUUGCAAAUCAAGUGGCGAUCAUGUAGAAGCACCCUCCUUGACUUGGAGUGUGUAAUUGGAUCAUUAUCGUCGUCAUCAUCAUCAACAGCAGCAGCAGCAGCAAUAACAAGAUCAGUGUAUUAAAAAAAACCCAUCACUUGACAACAGCACCGACAUCCUCAUCUGUUGUAUCACCAUUAGUCUCUAUAACUUUAUAAUAAUAAUAAUAAUAAUAAUAAUAAUAAUAAUAAUAAUAGCUGAAAGAAAGAAAGCAUCAGCAGCCAGGCCAACAUUCAACGGCUUCGAUAGGGACAGACUAACACCAACGAGGUCUUCAGUAACCGCAGCGGCAUUGCUUAGAAGUAAAAAGAAGCAACAGCUAAAUCAAGUGCUUAUCAUAAGAAGAGAUAUCUCUAUGCUUUCUACUAACAGACAAACGGAAAAUUAAAGGCGAUCCACAACGAACAGGUCGGCAAAAAUAUGGGAAACACUGUGAAGUGUGGUUCCCAUUCCAGGUGGUUUAAAUCUGAAUAUAAUGAGACCCUCCAGCAGGAAAGGAUACAGUUUGUGGACCGAAGUGAUGUCCCUGAUUCGGGUGAAGUACAACUUGGAACCCUAAUACACUAUGAUUAUCCCUUUGAGAAUUUGGUGUUUGAAGGUGGUGGAAAUAAAGGCAUUGCAUAUUGUGGGAGUUUAAUGGUCCUUGAAGAACUUGGUGUAUUAAAUAAUACAAAACGCUUGGCUGGUGCAAGCGCUGGGGCCAUGGUUGCUGCGUUAAUCAGUGUUGGCGUCUCAAGCACUGAACUCUUGGACUACUUAAGUCAAGACAUUGGCAAGUUGAUGCUUGAUCAUAAAUGGGGAUAUUUGAGCCUUUUACCAAACCUACUCAAAGACUAUGGCUGGAAUCCUGGCAAAAAAAUUGAUGAAUGGUUUCGAAAAGUAUUUUUGGAAAAAACUGGGAAUCCAAAUAUUACUUUCUGGGAGAUCUACAAACAUUACGGUCGAGAAUUAUGUGUGGUUGUGACUAAUGUUAACCACAUGGCUGUUGAAUAUUGCCACCCAAAGACAACUCCACAUAUGCCAGUACGCCUGGCUGUGCGUAUGUCAAUGUCCAUCCCUGGAAUAUUCAGCCCACCCAGUUAUUCUGCCAAUAAUGGAACAAAGAAACAUUAUGUUGAUGGAGGACUUCUGUGCAAUUAUCCAAUCCAUUGUUUUGAUGGUUGGUGGCUUUCAAUGGCACCAGAAGAUACUUUCCUUAAUCGACUUCGUCCUCUUGAUAAAUUGUUGCAAUUCUUUGACAAAUCAGUCAGAUUUGGUACCUUUAAUGAAAAGACGAUUGGAUUUCUCUUGUUUUCAGACGAUGAACCAGAGAUUAUGAGGACCCAUUUGGAAGACCGACUCAAAGACAAUGGAUGUGGCACACUCCCUGAAUACCCAGAGACCAAACUAUCCAAGAAGAGAAAAGAAAACACCAGCAAGAAAUUCCAGGAAUGUACAAAACAUGAAGAGAUUUGUAAUGCUUUUGAUAAAUUGGUGAAGGCCAUUGCUAAACAUAACCCACAACACCGAAGAACCAUCGAUAUGAAAAUGUUAACUGCUGCCUUACUUGAUUCUGAGCUAAAUUACCAAGACCAUAUCCUCCUGUUUGACAAAGUUGUUAGAAGUGAACAUGAUAUUGAGUAUGUCUUUGAUUAUUUGGACACUAAUCAGAACAAUGAGAUCGAGUAUCAAGAAUUGGUUAACUUUCUUGAAACAAAAGGAAUUAAUGUUCAGUCUCGCUUUCUUGGAUACUUUGGCAGACCAGUCUAUGACCUACAAUCUUACCUUUCAGCAUUAACGGAGACCAUGUUGACGAAUACUAAACGAGCGUUCGUACAGGAACGAGAUAAACACCGUACGGUUGGUAUAAACACAGGUUAUAUUGACACCAGAGACUUCUGUUUGGAAGACGAAGACAAACAGUUCCUGAUUAGGCAAGGAUGGAACAGUACUGUGGCCUUCUUCCGAGAAUACCUCAACACACAUCGUGGUGUCUUGAAAAAACGUCGACAUCAUUCAAUUUGCCAAGUAAUUCCACUUGCCAGUCCAGACCUUUUAUAGCAGCAAACAUCAAAGACUUUACUAUUUUUAUGGGAAUUUUUCAUCUUACAUUAUUUCUUUCUCCCACCAUCCGGAUAUAAUUUUAAGGGAAUUUUUUUUUCUCAAAUUCAUACAUUGUAUCGUAGUUUCAUUUAAAAUAUUUAAACUUUGUUCACCCUCUUCAAAUUUGGCACAUUCAUAUUUAUAAUCUUUCCAUUGCUGUCAACCAAACAAUUUAUUCUAGUAUUAACCACAACAUGGUGAUGGCCAAUGUUUGGAAUGUACUUUUGUCACAGUGGCUAAUGUCAGAUAAUGCUACAUUCGUUACAAUAAUUAUAAUUUUUCCAGAUUUCAUGGUCAAUGAAUUCUAAUUUUCAAUAUGAAAAUAUUUAUUUAAGAUGAAAUAAAACAAAUUUCUCACUAGUAUACAAUAAUCCCUUGCCAUAUCGCAGUUUAUUAAUUUAAGCUUACGUCGAUUCCUCCGUGGUGUUGUUUUGCAUUCAUAAUAAAAUAAAUAUACACAAAUUAUAAAAAUAAUUUUAAAACGUAUACAGUACAGUACUGUUUCUACUUCACGGAUUUUCACCUAUUGCGGGGUGUUUUGGAACGUAACACCUGUGAUAGUUGAGGGAUUACUGUAUUUGCAAUAAAUCCAUACUAUCAAUAACGAUAACUUUCACUUAAUUACAGGUGUAACAUUACCUGACACUACCAACAAAGACAAAAGUUAUCUUCUUCCCAAUAUUUCUUGUCUUUUAUGGUGGCAAAUUGGCAGAAUUGUUAGCACACUGAGCAUAAUGUUUAGUGGCAUUUCAAUCAUCUUUACAUUCUGAGUUCAAAUUCUGACGAGGUUGACUUUGCCUUUUCAGGGUCGAUAAAAUAAGCACUAGUUGAACACUGGGGUCAAUGUUAUUGACUUACCCCCUCCCCUCCAAAUUGCUGGCCUUGUGCAAAUAUUUGAAACCAGUAUUAUACUUGUUCUAUGACAGGUUACAUUCUAGUUAGUAUAUAGCAAUCAAGGGUAAUAUACCUAACGAGAUAAGAGUUAUCGUCCUUUCAGGAAUGGACAAACAGAGAGAUAGAGACACACUGCCAAUUACAUUAUCAGAUGGUUUCUGUUAUCCUUCUAUUUUUCUUUCCUUUGGAAUUUAAUUUUUUUCAGUUUUAAAUGGAGACAUAUUUAAAAAUCAUAAUUCUAUGAAAAGGCAAGCAUUGGCAUUCACAGAAAAUAUUCUGUCUUUAUUUUAAAAAAUAAUUUCAUAUGUUACCAAGUUCUUCUACCAAGUUUUCCAUAAGUAAGACUAUUUGAACACUAGUAUAAUGUUUUAUACUGACUUAUUCACAGAGUCCCUCUGAUAUAUCAUAAUUCACAUAAAUGCCAUACGAUGUCAUCUGAUACCACAUCAAAAUAUACCAAAAUCAUGCUAUCAACUUUUACACCACACACUGAUGUAUCACCUCAUAUACAAUUACAUGAUAUACUUUGCCAGAUGCUACAGCAUCUUGCUAUACAACACACAAUAACACCACAAUGUAUCACAUUCGACAUUAUACAACACUGAUAUUAUGUCAAAUGAUACAAAACCCUACCAUAUUACAUUAUUUGCAGGAUUUCUCUUACAAAUAUUCUAUUUAGACACCCUAUGUUUAUUUAUUUAUAUUUUAAUUACAGUGCAGCUGUUUUAAACUUUUAACAUGCUUAACAUCUUCAAUCAUGUGUGUGUGUGUGUGUGUGUGUGUGGCUAAGGAAUUCACAAAGCUGCAUUGUAGGGAUAGAUUAUGAAGCCUAGUUCAAGGAGAGAAAGCUUUAACACAUUUGGGAACAUUGAAUUUUAAUAUUUCGUUUCAUAAUUAAAACAAAUUCGGCUUUGAAUUAAUUCCUCUAAAACAAUAAUUUAAUAAUUUCCUAUUUGCAGUCAACAAAGCAAUUUAACCGAUCACAGAACUGGAAUAGAUGGAAUGAUGAUCCUCAGCAUAGAAAUUAAAGAACUUUCAGAGUCUAUAUUACACCCACCCACUCCCACCUGAAACCAUUAACAAGGAAGGAGUCAAAUUUAACCAUUAAACACGAACAUCACCCAAGCUGCAUCUUCCGUUUUUCAAUUUAUUUUUAAAAAAUGUUUCUACUUUAAAGUAUCUAAUUCCAGAGAAUUCUUGCUAUAAUUCUGUCUCAUUAAAUAAUAGAAAAAUUAAAAUACUGAGGCUCUAAAAGAUUCUCUCAUCCCUCUAACAAAUAUUGCCAUCACUUGCUCUGCCAAUAAGAUGGCUAUUACAUGGUGCCUCACCUCCAAAAAUUGCUAAAAGUAGCAUCCAAAUUUCCCUCAAAAUCAUAUCCAGUCAUCUUAAUCAGAUGGUAAGGUCAUUCUUGGAUUGUUUUUGAUCCUGUGUCUCUUCAGUCAUGGCUGAUCUUAGCUUAACCCUUUCGUUACCAACCCGGCUGAAACUGCCUCUGGCUAUGACUACAAAUGUCUUGUUUUCAUAAGUUCUGAAUUAAAAUCUUCCACCAAACCUUAGUCACAAUUCAUGUUCCUAACACCAGCUGAAUGAUAACUAAGUUAUUUUACUAAAUUCUUUGUUAUAUUUAAAGUAAUUGAAAGAAACACAGAGCAUCUCAACAGAAAUACAGUAACGAAAAGGUUCAAUUCCAGCAGGUAGUUCCUAGCAAAUCAAGUUUACAAUUUGAUUAUGAUUUUUAGUUGGAAUAACUUCCAAUGACACAUUUCCAUGAUUGUAUACCAAAGAACUGUUACCAGUUUUCCCUUCUUCUCUAAAUCUGUUUUUGAAUAUAAAUCAGGCAGAAUUCUUAACAGCACUUUGUUUGUCUUUAUAUUCUAAGUCCAAAUUCUGCUAUGGUUGACUUUGCCUUUCAUCCUUUUCAGGGUUGAUAAAAUAAGUACCAGUUAAACACUAGGGUCAGUUUAAUCGACUUGACUCCUUUCCCAAAUAUUCUGGCCUUCUGCCAAAAUUUGAAACCAAUAUUUCUGUUUCCAAAAGAAUAAGCAAUGUCAUCAUUAAAAAGUUGUAUUUUGGUUAUUGUUACAUUCCUUGUUCCUUUCAAAUCUCAGGUUUUAUGCUAAGAAAUAAAUAUGAAAGACACAGUGGACUUUGUCUGUUGUCUGUUUUCAAGUGCAAUGAAGCACCAAAAUCUCCCUGAACAAACAGACAAUCAUCUUUAAGUGAGAAUUUACUUCAAACCUCCAUAUUAAUAAUGAAAAAUUUUCAAUAGUUUACAAUACUCAAUUCACAAUAAGCCCAAACAAAAUAUCUAAAUGAACAAUUCUUUGCUUGGUUAUCUCAAAGCUACAGAUUUCAUUAAAGACAUUUAACCAAAGCUACUCAUAAACAAUAUAAAUUGCUACAUCUUUUUUUUAUAUAUUAAUAAUGGUGAAAUUUUUAUCAAAUUUUUCUUAAAAAUCUUUUGCACAAUUUUCAUCUUUGAAAAAGGAAAUUAGAUUGUUAAAAAAUUGAGGUAACUUAUUGACUGAAGUUUUUAAGAUAUAUUUCUUAAUGUUUGAUUAAUCAAACAUCUUAUAGCUAUAAAAUAUAUCAAAUUUUGAAUACUUAACUUCUAAUUAUAUGUGUGUGUGUGUGUGUGUGUGUGUGCACAUAUAUAGGCGUGUAUGUGUGUGUGUAUAAAUAAACCCAAAAAGAAAACUCAUACUCAUCUUUAUAUAUCUUGGAAUUUUAAAAUUAUAUUUUUGGUAUCAAAUUUUCCCUGUUCUCCCACGAAACUCUUUCAUCUGAUAUCGUUAAUAUUUUCUCUAUUCAUUUGAUUCUCUCGCUGUUGUUUCUUUUCUAUCUUUUUGCCAUGGAAAUUCAUUUGUAUUUUGUUAUUUGUUGUUUGUUGAUUGUAAUUUUCAAAUACAAAAAAGAAUAUUGCAACAGGUAAAGAGCCAAACUCAUCUUUCCAAUUUUUUCUUUGUUGAUCUACCACAAAAUCAAAAAUUGUGUACUGUAAACCGAUAAUCCAUCGGAACUUAUUUAACAAAUUCACUUUUGAUGGAUCAUAAAAUCAUGAUUCAUUAAAACAAAGGCUUUAAAUUGAGAACAAUUAAAAAAGAAAGUCAAUAAUAUUCUCAAAUCUAAUCUAAUAACAUUUAUAUAACAUUAAUUAAAAUACAUAAUUUAAUUUUUUUUUCUUUCCUUUGCACUGUAUUGGAAGUCUUAAGAAAUCAAGAUUACAUAAAAUGAAGGAGUUUGGAUAACUGCUGGUUUAUAUCGCUAUAAAAAGGCUUCCACACUAUUUUUAUUUAUUUAAGAUUUUCUGCUUCUUUUUAUGAACUUUGUACAGGUUGUUGUCGACUUACAACCUAUCCAACUUUACAAUGAUUGGGGCACCAGCUCCCGGCAGCAAUAAUAAAUAGUCCAGUUGAAAUCCAAUGGGUUUAAUUUCUUAGAAAUUAACCUGUCUAUGGAUGAUAUCAGCUUCCUCUAGGUUUGGUUAUCGAUUGCCACUGUGUUAGAUGACUAUCCUGUCAUGGAGACAUCAAGGCAACCUUGUAUUUGUUUAUAAGACGACAGCUUGAGACUCCGAAACUUUUGACUAACACCAGUAUAAUAGUAUAAUACAGAAAGCUGUGUGUGACUUUUUACCUGAGAAUGUACUUCAAGAAUGUGAAAAUAUAAAACAAAACUAUGUAGACUUAUAGGUCGACUUACGACCAGUCAUUCGGAACCAAUCAUGGUUGUAAGUCAACGAUAACCUGUAUACUGUUCUUUAAACAUGGCAUUUAUUUUAUAUUAUAUAUAAUAUCAUUAUGGUAUAUUCAUAUAAUUAUCUCAUUAUAUAUAUAUGUUCAAGUUUACCUCUUAAUUAUGUUCAUUGCACCUAGUUUCAAUACUGAUGGUUACUACUUGUGUGUGUGUUAAUCACAACAUUUAUUUUAGCAUUACAUCAUUAUAUAUUCCGGAUCUGAUCACUGAAACUGGGUGGGGAUUAGCCCCAGAGACGAACAAUUUACAACCAAGGCCUUAGGGUCAGCCUCUUUUAAAGGUAAUAUUUCCUAUUUCUCUAAACAAUUGUUGCAACAGAUUUUCAGUUCAGAGCAGCCAAUACAGAGUGGAAGUGAUGAGACCGCUUGCAAAAUACUGUCUCACACACACACACACACUAACCCACCAACACCACACAAUGUCACUAAAAUAUACUAAAUACUGUUAAUUGCUAUAUAAUUUUUUUUUUUUUAUCUGUGAUAGAUUUUUAGUUGCUCUGUUUUUAACCCCAGGUUGGUCCUGGUUAAGUUGAUCUGUGAUUAAGCCUUUAGUAUUCAGACUAUUCUGCUGUAUGUAAUGCAUAUUCAUUCAUAUUGUUUUGUACUGUCUCAGUGCUUAGAAAUUUUGAUGAUGUGUCUAUUUUUAAAAUGACAUUGUAGGGCAGGUGUGAGAGACUUGAUGUGGUUGGUUUGAAAGUAAAACAUGUAGAAUGUUUAGGCUGGUUUAAAUGCUAAUUGAUUAAGACAUUCCAACCAUGAUAUUUUCCUUAAAUUAAUUUAAAAAAAAAAUAUUUUUGUCAUUGACAUCUCGUCAUUUUCUCUGGAUUUUUUCUCAGAUUUUUUGAAUUAUAAACAUCUUGUAUUCUGACUCUUUAAAAUGAUGGAGAAUUGUAUGAGGAGAAGAUUUGUCUUCUAUGGCAGUAGCAGCCCAAAUAAACUUUAGAUUCCGCAGAAUUUCUUUGAUGUAGAUCAGGCUGUCAUGAGAUCAAAGUGAAAAACCAUUCAGACUCAACUGUUGUAAUGACUUAAUAAUUUGGGUUCAGUUCCUACUUAAACCAAAGACAAUGCCUCCAUGUGGUUGCUUGACCUAGAAAUUAUAACUAAAUGUCUUUCAAGCCAUACCCCAUUGUCUUGAAAACAGAGGGACACACCAGAUGUUACAGUCCUAUAUAUGCAAUCCUCAAGAAGAGGACAGAUGGUCAGUAUGUCUUUGGCCAUAAGUAUGCUCAGUCUACAACUGACCUGGGGCUACACAACAACAGCAGUGGCUUUAGCUGCUUACAUAAGUGACUGGUCAGUUAACAAAUCUGUAAAUUUGACAAAGAUACAGCAUUGACACAUUGCUAGGAUACAAAGUAUGAAGCUAUUCGCUAUGAUCAAACUAAAAAUCUCUAUUGAUCUCACCAAAUUUACAAAAGAGAACCAACUAAAAAUAGAAAAGCCAUCAACUUGAGUCCAAGUUAAGUCUUGUUACACAACCACAAUACAGACAUCAGAGCCAGACAAAACGGUUCUUCAUAUCAAAUUCUCCAUCUCUCUACAUUUUUCUCUUGUUCUUCCAUGAGUCAAGAAAAUAAGUGACUCUAACAUAUUAAUUUCAAAGUAAUUAAUUAUAUUUAAUAUCAAUUAAUAUAAAUUCCACUAUAAUUAAUUAUAUCAAUCAACGUCAACAAUUAGCCUUCUGUCUCAGUAAGAAACCGUUUACAUUAAAGGUUCAGAUGUGGAAAUAUACAAAGAGAAAGUCUGCAAGUAAUCCCACCUGCGGCCCUGGGACAUAGAAAACCAUUGGUGUUAUCUUGCAUACAUACACACUUAAGUUCAGACUAAAAUAAAAGGUUUUAAUAGAGCAAUGCUUAUAAACCCAUUUAUGCAAAUUUAUUCACAGACAAUCUCAUACAUAUAAUUUCUCAUAUACAACAAUCCAUAUAUUGCCAGCAAUAUACAACCCACUGCAUGUAUACAGUCUGCUAUCAAUGUGUGGGUGUAUACACACACACACACAUACAAAUUCUCGGGUGAGGCAUGGCUGUGUGGUAAGAAGUUUACUUCCAAACUACAUGGUUCCAGGUUCAGUCCUGCUGCCUGGCACCUUGGGCAAAUGUCUUCUACUAUAGCUUUGGGAUGACCAAAUGCUUGUGAGUGAAUUUACAAGACAGAAACUGAAAGAAGCCUGUUGUAUACAUACUUGUCGCCAUCACUGCUUGACAACCAGUGUUGGUGUGUUUACACCCAUAACUUAGCAGUUGGGCAAAAGAGAUGGAUAGAAUAUCGGGCUUUUAAAUAUAUAAGCAAUGGGGCCAAUUCGUUUGAUUAAAAUUCUACAAGGUGGUGCCCCAGCAUGGCCAUAGUCUAAUGACUGAAACAAGUAAAAAAAGAAAAGAAUACGCAGAAUCAUUCAUUUUGUCAAAAUGCCGUGCAUUAGCCCUGAAAUAUGCCCAAGAGCAAUAACCAACGCUUUGGUCCCAGAACAAUUGUCAUUUGUUUUGAAUAUUUUCAAUGCUGGCUCCGUCUCUUCCAUUUAUAAGUUGUUCAUUUUUAGCCUUUUUACUUGCUAUAAGCGUUUCGAGUGAAUUAAGCUACGAAAUUCUUACAUUCUCUUGAUUUCCUGUAAGUUGAACUGCCUUGUGGUUCCAGCAGACAGAAUGGAAAAAUCGUUGCCCCAGAAGAUGGCAAAGGGAAUGCUCUGGAACAGCCUCUCUCUGACUCAUGUGGACAGCCAUCUCCACCCUAAUAGCAGUAAACAGGGGUACAUAUAAAAUCCUUUUUGCUCCCACUUGAUCAGAUCCUCUCCAACCACAUUCCUUUAGGAUUGUUCAAGGUUCAGCAGUCCAAGAUAUCAGCUUUUAUUCACCACUUCUGCUCAUGUAUCUGUAUACACAUAUUUAUGAAGAGCAAUGUAUUUACAUAACACUGAAUGGGGCAGGCAGUUAAUGUACCUGGAACAAUAUAACACCUUUUUCUCUAUUAUGGUUAGGAAUUUACAAUUAGUUAGAUAUUUACAAUUCUCUGAACAAAUAAUUCCAUUUUGUAUCAUGACAUCUCAAGAUAAGAAUCCCAAUUAAAUCUAUUUGAAUUAAUCAAAUGUCACCAGUCUUUUCUAUCUCUGUUUAUUCACAGAUUUUGUAUACUUAUAACGUAACCUAAAAAUGAAACCAUUUACAAAUCUAUAGCAAGAACUCACUGCCAGAAUCUUAAUAGGAAAUGGUGAUUCCUAAGAAAAAUGCGACAAUCAUUUAGGUGAAGCUGCUAUUAUUUCUUCUGUGGGAGAUAAUUAAAUUAUAUCAAAUAUUUAAUUCAUUUUGUCAUUGUGAAAUUAGUUGCAUGGUUCAUUGUAACCCUAUCUCAAUACUUUACAAACACAUCUGUACAAGUGUCAGUAAGUCAUUCAAAUGCUUCAUUUAAAUAAUUCUCUUUAAAGAUUAUCAACUCAUUCUGAGGCCCUAUUCCGAAUUACAACUGGUCAAACUGAUAAGAAAUGUCAGGUGAUUGCCGUGUUAAAGACAACAGUUUAAGGAAAGCCAUCACCAACUCUGUGCAGCAUCCAUGGCUUCAAGUUUUAACUCUGCAAUUGUUGAGUUUGCUUAAAUCUAAUGCUGUACUCUAGGGUAGAUAAAAAUAGACCCCUGUAAUCAGUGGGAACACUGAAAAUGAAUGAGUGUUUUGUUAGCAUGCAGUGAUGAGAUGAAGCAAUUUGGGGAGACGAGGAACUCCUGUCAGUUUACUCAUUCUAUAAAAUUUUGUAAAUGUUAGAACUACAAGAGAACCAAGAGUUUUCUAUGAGUUGGCAUUAACCUUUGCUACUCUUCCCUCCCUGCCUUCCAGAAGCCUGUAAAUCUAUCUAUUCUGUAUAAUGUAUUCAGUUGUUUACGGAGGGAGACAAUAUCAAUAAAUGUGAAUUCUCUGUAUUUCAUUUAUCUGUGAUAUCUGCUGAUAGUCACCAAAAUAUUCACUCAAAGCUGACAACAUCAGCACUAUUUAAUGCCCGUUUUCCAUGCUGGUAUGGGUUGGACAGUUUGAAUGAAAAACUGGUAAGCUGGAGAGCUGCACCAGGCUCCCCAAUUGUUUAAUUUGGCAUAGUUUCUACAGCUAGAUGCCCUUCCUAAUGCCAACCACUCUAGAGAGUGGCACUUGGUGCUUUCUACAUGGCACCAGCAGAGGUGUUUUUUAAACUAAUUUAAAUUCAGACCCGAUACACUCACAAUACCUCUGUUGGGACUUUAAGAAGUUUUAUCAGAGAAUUUGGGGUGGAUAGUGGAAUAAAUUUGUUGUUAGUAUUUAUCAGUCAUUCACUCACUUCUGUGAUAUAAAUUAUAAAUCUAUUUCUAGAAAUUUCUUCAACUUUUCUUUCCAUAACCUCUUCAGAUUUUGUUAAUAAAAUAUGGCUACUAUAUUAGAUAUACAGCUAUAUGAUCCAUACAGGUUUCUGUUUUAUACACAAAUGCCUACUUGCAAAAGCAUAAUUAAAUGCAUGUUUAAACAUAGGCUUUUCUUUCUUUUUGUUUUCUUAGAAAUUACAAAUUGAUUAAAAUAAAUGAUUUUUUUUUCAAAUCAAAAGAAUGCAAAGAAAAAAAAACACACUUUUCAAAGAAAAUUUUCCAAUAAAAACUUGAACCAAAAUAAAAAUUGAAUUCAAUUUCCUAUCCUUCAUUUUGCACACACAUACACACACACACACACACACUUAUUCGUUUUUUGGCAGCUAUUUUUUGAUAAUUUCUGAGAUGUUUUUUUUCUCUAAAUUUUUACAUUUUGCAUGGUGCCAUGAUUGUAUUUCAUACUAAUAAAGGUUACAUUUUA